AUGAGGAGCUCCAUGCUGAUCACCACCAUCCUAGCGCUCAGCGUGGCUUGCAGCUUUGGGGCUGUCUGUGAGGAGUCUCAGGAACAGGUGGCGCCUGGUGGGAGGCACAGUAAGGACUCUGACCUCUACCAGCUGCCGCAGUCCCUGCUGCGGAGACUCUACGACAGCCGCUCCGUCUCUCUGGAAGGGUUGCUGAAGGUGCUGAGCAAGGCCAGCAUGGGACCAAAGGAGACAUCGCUUCCGCAGAAACGCGACAUGCAUGAUUUCUUUGUGGGACUCAUGGGCAAGAGGAACAACCAGCCAGACACCCCCACUGAUGUGGUUGAAGAGAAUACCUCCAGCUUUGGCACCCUGAAAUAG